AUGCGUUCAACAAUCUUUCUCGCGGCCCUCGUUGCCCUCAUCCCUACUGCAUUCGCCGAAGAGCUCAGCGCAGAUGACGUACCAACCGCCUGCAAGACAAUCUGUCAACCCAUCGUCAACCUCACCAACGCAUGCGACAUUGACCCCAAAGGCCCCGAGAAGCACACCGUCAGAAGACGAGACCUUGUCAUCCUUGAUCACGAAGACGACGACGAGCCCUUAGAAGCGGCUUGUAUUUGCACAAACAGGAGUUUCGACGUCGAGGGUGUGAUGGGACUGUGCGCGAGCUGCAUGGCGCAGAACAGCAAGGACACAGAAGAUAUCGAUAAGAUCAUGUCGCAAUGCUCCUUCUCGUCAACCUCCUAUGUCCGCGCAGCAACGAGUGUAGUCUCGGGCAUCGAGGUCCAGGCUACCAAACCGGCUGCAACAAUAACUCCCAUAGCUACGACGACGGCCGCCGCAGCUACAGCGACUGAGACGGUUGGUAACGGUGCUGGGAAGGUCACGGGUUCCAUUAUGGCGGUUACUUGGGUCACUUUGAUGUUGUUGUGUGUCAUGUAG